AUGUCGGGCAGCGGCAGCCACCGCCGCCCCUACCAUGUGGCCGGCUUCCUCUGGCCGCUACUCUUCCUCCUGGCGCGGGGCCCCGCUGAAGCGGAUGCCGAGACGGCCGAGCGGCUUAGUCCCUAUUUCGGCACCAAGUCCCGCUACGAGGAGCUGCACCCGAACCUCCUGAAAGAACCGCUGUCGCUCGGCCCGCCUCAGCCGGGCUUUCCGCUGCCGCCGGCCUCCUGCACGCCGCUCCAGCUCAUCGCCGUGAUCCGCCACGGCACCCGCUUCCCUACCCGCAAGCAGAUCGAGAAGCUGGGCGCCCUGCACCGCCUCAUCCUGCAGAGCAGCAACCGCAGCGGCAGCAGCAACGAGAGCGAGCCGUCGCUGCCCUCAUGUCCGGCCGCCGAGCCCUUGGCGCGCUGGGACAUGUGGUACCGGCCGGACAUGGAUGGCAAGCUGGCCUCCCGCGGACGCCGCGACAUGGAGAUGUUGGCCAAGCGGCUCUCUGCCCGCUUCCCCAGCCUCCUGGUGCCGCGGCGCCGCUUCGCCUUCGUCACGAGCUCCAAGCACCGGUGCAAGGACAGCGCCGCCGCCUUCAGGGAAGGGCUCCGGCAGGCGCUCUACGGCCGGCAGUCUGGAUCUGAAAGUAACGCCACAAUGACAGAGGCCCUUGAAAUUAAUGAUACGUUGAUGAGGUUUUUUGAUAGCUGUCAAAAAUUUGUAAGAGAUGUGGAAGACAAUAUUACAGCUAUGCAUGAGGUGGAUGCCUUCAAAGAAGGUCCUGAGAUGAUGAAGAUUGUGAGGAAAGUUGCAAAUACCUUGUGUCUACCAACCAGUGACUUAAAUGCAGAUUUGAUUCAAGUGGCAUUUUUCACAUGUUCAUUUGGGCUAACUUUAAAAAAUGCCAACUCCCCCUGGUGUUCACUCUUCAGUAAAGAAGAUGCCGAGGUACUUGAAUAUCUGAAUGACCUAAAGCAGUACUGGAAGAGAGCAUAUGGAUAUGAUAUCAAUAGUCGCUCCAGCUGCGUUCUUUUCCAGGAUAUCUUCAAACAUUUGGACCAAGCAGUUAUGGAGAGUCAAAGUGCAAAGUCUAUUUCUUCACCUGUGAUCCUCAAUUUUGGACAUGCAGAGACUCUUCAACCACUUCUUGCACUCAUGGGCUACUUCAAGGAUGAGGAGCCUCUUAAAGCUUACAACUAUCGUAGGCACAUGCAUCGGGCAUUUCGUAGUGGCCGCAUUGUCCCUUAUGCUGCAAACCUGUUGUUCGUGCUUUAUCACUGUGAUCAUGCCAAGCCUCCUGAGGAGGAAUACAAGAUUCAGAUAUUGCUCAAUGAGAAGCUGUUGCGAUUUCCACAUUCAGGGGAAACUGUUUCCUUGUAUGCCAACCUGAAAAACCACUAUAAAGACCUCCAAAAUUGCAACUUUGCUGAAGUGUGCGAUAUAUCAACAAAUACGACAACUAUUGAUGAAUUGUAAAAAUGACGCAGUAGAGAAAGUAUCAUGAACAUUGUGUGUACAAGUAUUUGAUAAAAUGUACCUUGCUUUUGCUGUUGAUUAGGAAGGCAUGCAACUUCUUAAACUUUUUUUUUUGCAGCUCAGAAAUUGCACCAAAAAAGAUUGCCUGUUCAAAGGUGCACACAACAACAACUUAAAAACUUUCAGGCAACCCCAUUGAGUAUUUCUGUCUCUGGAAAAGAACGAUUGUACUUGAAAUCAAGAAUGAGCAAAUGCUGUUUAGUUUGCAGAUUACUCCACAGCAAUACCUGUUAUCUAGUGUGAAUAGUCUGGAAACCAUGGUGGAUCAAAAUAGCUGCUUCAUUGAAAUAAUUGUUCCCCAAAACAGCCUAAUACAAUGAAAAAAAAUCUUUAUAUUUGUUCCAAGUGGCUUUUUGAUAUAUUUUGGCUAAACCUUGGGGUUAUUUGUCCUCACAUAUGAUUUACAUAUAUAAUUCUUCUUUAGGCAGAACAUAGUGGAAAUCUACAGCAAAAUCUGCACAGCAGUUGAAGAUACUGAUAGCACUUGAUUCUUUUAUCUAAUGCAGUCACUUUUUCAGCUUGCUUCGGUUAUGCCUGGUAAUAGUACAGCUGCUCUUUAUUACUAAUCAUGUGACUAUAAAAAAAAUGGAUGUUGUGUUUGCCAUUUGGGCCAUUCUGCGGGGUAUUGAGUAGUCCUGAUCCUUCUACAGCAGCAGUGAAGAUGAAGGGCCACUGGUUUCUGUGUAGGCCCCAACAGAACAAAGUGUUCAGGUAGAAGGAAUCAUAUAUAGUGCACAUUGUAGAGGGUGUGUGUGAUGCUUUCACAUGAUUUCUGCUGCAUUUUGUGCUUUCCUUGUUUUGAAUCUCUUAAUUCCUUCUGCGAGGAUAUAGUUUAUUAGAAAAAUCAUGCAUUUUAAGCAAAAACUUAAUACAGAAGAGCAAUAAAAAGCAGUGACCUUAGUUUCUGUAUAGCUUUGCCUCAGCCCCUCUACCACUUCCUGAAACUGGAUUAGUCACUUUUAUACAGUAUUGCUACUAUUUUUGAAGAAAUCUUAUUUUAACAAGAGUUGCUGCUUAAAAUCAUGCUAGAGAGGGAGAGAUAUUAAAACAUCAUAAACAAAUAGGCAAAACCAGAUCUCAUCAUAUGAACAUAUGAAGCUGUUUUGCUGAAUCAGAUCAUUGGUCCAUCAAGCUCAGUAUUGUAUAUGAUGACUGGCUUCAAAUCUCCAGGGUUUCAAGUGGCAGUCUUUCCCAGUCCUAAUUGGAUAUAUCAAGGAAUGAACUUUGGACUUCUGUUUGCAAAGCAGGUGCUCUACCAUCAAGCAAUGACCUUCUUCCCCUUAUGUAUACAUUAUGCAGGUUAGAGUGAAAACAUGGAAGUUAAGUUCAUGCCAAGGCGGGAUCUCAGAUUCAUCUUGGGCCUGUAACAUAAUGUAAUGCAAGCCACACUGAAUCUAGGUUUAAACAAUUGUGCUGAUCGGGCCACAGCUUCAAAUUUAGUGGACAACAGUUAGUCAUGACUAAGCACCAUUAAAAUAAAUAAGAUAAGUUAGUCAUGACUAACUUAGUUUGGAUGUUGCACAGUGUUAUCUUUUAGUGCUUAAAAUGGUUUUGUAUUAAAUAUGCUCAAUCAGAAUUUAAGGUGCUUUACAACAGUGUUGAAGAUAGGUGCUUUAAAAGGAACUUUUAGUGCUCUUUGGGAUGUUUUGAGUAGAAGUUGUUGGGGCCAUUCACACGACCUGGCAGGCGGGGGAAAGGCUUUGCAAACCUUGCCUUUGCAUCCUGUCCUUGUUGAGAACAGGGAGCACUCUCCCACAUGAUCAGCGCUGCACCGUGCAGUGCGGAACAAGACUGAUCACUCUGAGUGUGGUGCACUGGGGAACUCCCCCAGGGGAUGGGCACUCUAGGCACCCCUCUCUGUGUCAGCGCAAGCUGCAAGCAAGCAGCUCACUCUGACACACAAACCUGGCAGCCAGGUUAAGAGUGCAUUUGAGCCAGGCUUUGGUGCUGGGUUUGGUGCUGCAGCACCGCUGGGAUCUGCAUGGAUCCUGGUGGUUCUCAAGGGCAGCCAAGCCCAGGUUUGGCUACCUAAGCCUAGGCUUGGCUGCUCAUGAGAACAGCUUUGUUGAGUCAAUAAAAUCAGUAAGGAGAAUUAGAAGACAGGCAGUUCUCUGUUUCCAAUUACUGCCCAUCUCAAUCCAAUUUUGUAGUUUGAUUUUUUGGUACAAUCUCACAAAAGAAAUAGUGGGUAUGUGUAUUUAUGAGAAUUGUUAAGUUAAACCACACUUGUGGACAAAAUCUAUUCAAACUUGGGACCCUAUAGCUGCUGCCAUAUUAAGAUACUUUGUCUGUGAUUCACUCUUCCAUUCAGUAAAAUAUGAUCUCUGUCAUGGAUAAGCUUCUUUCAUAGUGAAUAAAGGUAACUACCAUAUAGCCCACAAGACCUUGAUCUAAGUUGUCUCCUUACAGCUCAUCUUUUUAUUUUGUGAGCCUGAAGUUGUAAUUCAGCUCAUGUUCUCAAUCAGCUGGUCUUUCUUUUAGUUAUAUGAAUAUUAUAAUCUUUGCUGUGCAGGACUGUCUAUGAAAUGCUGUGAAAAAGAAUUUGUUUGUUUAAACUCACCAAACCUUGUCAAUAAUGAUUACUAGUAAGCUUGCAAUCUCAAUUUGAACUAAUACUUGAAAAAGCAAAACAAAUAACAUUUUGGGUGGCUUGACUGUAACUUUUUGUUUAUGCCCAGAAGAAAUAUUAAGGCCACAGACCUAUGUCCUAGAAUGCAAGUUGUACUAAAAGUUGCAAAGCAAAAGCAAAAGUAGCAGCCGAUUCAAGGAGGGGAAUGGCAGGCAGGAGAGAAAACCUUGAUUGCGAUGAGAGACCAGAAAUGAACUUAGUUGAAAAAGGGGUGGGGUAGUGAGGAGCAGGGGAAGAACUGGGGAAGAGUUUUCACUCCCAGCUUCUUUGCUUAAAGUUGCAUUUACCAUCCUCACUCUACCACACAUACACACUUUAGACCUGCUUAGCAACCCACAUUAUAAAAGAGCCAUUACUAUUAUAACAUUUGGCCCUUUAGUAUGGUGUGCUGGUUAUAAAUAUAAACAAAGUAUUAAUGAAAGAGAUGUGAGAGAGAAGUACAUAAAGUUGUUCCCUCCUCCUGCCUGCCCAAAACAACCCCUGCUCUGACUGGAAUUCUCAGUAGUAUUUUGAAGAUACUGGAAAUCACUUUCCUAAUUGGAGAGAUUAAACUGCCUUUUUUCCUGCUUUGUAGAAAAAUUCCUGAAAUAUAUAUUUUGAAUUACUGUACUUUUUAAACAGUAUUGGGUUGAAGCAAGUCAUAUCUUAAAUCUGUCUAUACUUAUCUGUUGUAUAUCACAUGCACCUCCUUUUCUUUCUAUAAACAGAAUAUUUGUUGUGUCAAACAUGGAUUAGGCUGGUUGUUCUCCAGUACAUGCUACAUUUCAUGGUUCCCUAUAUUUAAAAACAUAUUCAAUGUCCAGAUGAUAUUUUAAAAUUGAUUUCACAUACAAGAGGACAUGUACUCUUAUACUGGUGAAAAUUCUCUAGGAAAUACUGUGAAAGAGUGUUUCAAAGUAAUCAUGCUUUAAAUCAUGCCAGUUAAGAGAGUUUGAAGAAAAAACAACAACAAAUCUUGACUACUCUAUGGGGCCACCAGACUUAGAGUAAAUAAUAAUGAACUGUUCCAGGUAGUCAGUUUUAUGCAGUCUGUAACCAUGGUGCAAAUUUCUGCAGGAUUCUAAAUAUCCUCUAUAACUGCUUAAUUUUUUUUUUAAUGUGACUAAGAUGGAUACAUGUAAAUUAUUAAAGAUAAACUGUGGGACAUGUUAUGCAAUCAAACGUGUUUGUAGAAGGUGGAAGAAAUGUGCUUUACUCUAGGAUCAGGCUUUAGUUACUGUAAUUUACAAUGUGGACCAAAUGUUUCUUUCCUUGAGCUGUAAACGUACAGUGCUCCGGCCCUUAAUUGUGUUGUAACAUUUUUCAUAAGCAGUUGUUUCUAACUUCCUAUGAGGAAUGCAUUUACGAUGUGUCCUCCAUAUUUAAGUCUUUACAAUAAAUAGUAAAUAUGGUAUAGCCUACAGAGAAAUGCAGUUUUGUGAGCAUAUGCAGUGCAUGGUGAAAUACUAUGAAGAUUCCUAUAAGUAGUUACAGCCUACUAAGUAGUAAUUUUGUUGUAGUUGUCUUAAGUAUACUUCAAAGUAAUCAUGCUGGAAUUUUUUCUGCUACCCUACUAUGGACAGAAAUGCAUUUUGUUGGGGGGAUUUUGUUUGUUUUUUCUUUUUCUGUGUUUGGGUUUGGCAGCAAAUACUCAGUCCUUGGAAAUGUUCAUUGAAGUGAUGACAGUUUUAUUUUAAAGCAUUGUAUACAUUUUUUUCAAGGAAAAUUUUAAAGCUCUCUAAGACUUAAUAAAAGUGACCUUUUGACAAUA